AUGGCAGAGGCAGAGAACAUAGAGGGCCUGAGACAAGAGAAUUUCACCUGGCUAUUGUGGGUAGAUGAGUUGCAGGAAAAAACAGCACGGUUGGAGAGGGAGUUAGAGGUAGCCAAAUCCCAGAGAGAACAAGCUGAGACAAGGGUCGCCACUUUAGAGCAGUGGGUACAAGCAGGCAAAAAGGAAGGAGGCUCCAAAGAAGUCAGGUGCUUGAUAGCGGCGGAAGCAGAGAGAAUUCGCGCAUUAGAACAGCUUAUUGUGAAUGAAGCCCAGAAGAGCCGGGAGCAGGAAGAGAAGCUGCAGAGGAUGCAGAAGGAGAUGGCAGCAUGGACAUCAAGCUUUCCUGAAGCUUGUGCAACCCAGGCAGGGGAACAGAAGGAGAUGCUACAAAAGUUGGAAGUGUCAAGAAGCCUUAUAGGUGUCCUACAGAAAGAAGUCCACAGCCAGGAGGACCAAAUAGAGGGGUUGCAGGAGGAGUUGGAGGACUGGCAACAGAAGUGCAUACGUGCAGAACACCUGGCACAAGAGCUGCAGGACAAACUACUUGAAAGCCAUACCCAAGCAAAAGAAGCAGAAAAGGUGAUCUUGAAAGAGAUGGAGAAGGUGAGAACCUAUAUGGCAAAUUACGAAGCACUGCAGGAUCAAAAGCUUUCCCUUGAGAAGGAGAUAGAGGCCCUGAAUAAGGAGAGCGAUGGGUUACAGGCCCAGUUGCAGAGGGUGGAGACAGAAAAGGACCAACUUGGGGAACAGGUACAGCUCCUGAAAGCCCUCAUAGAAGACAGCUCAACUAAAGAGGCGGUGAUGCGCACAGAGGGUGAGCAGCUACAGCUUCAAGUGCAAGCUGCAAAACAGCAAGCACAGGCACUAGAAGCAGAGAAUAAAAGGCUAUGAGAGGCGAGGGAUCAGAUUGCUACAAAAGCCCAGGGUCCCUGUAAGAUUGAGAUGCCAGAUGCCACAGGAGUUACAAUGCUUACCAAAGCAGAGCAGAAGCCUUAAAUGCUAGGGGCUAUGGAUAUAAUGGAAAAGAGGUUGGUUGUGCUGGGAGCACAGCUAGCAAAAUACAUAGCUGUAGUGAAAGCCGAAUGUCAAGGGCAAUCGCAGGAGGUUGAGGCAUUGAAAGAGGCCUUGCUGGAGAUGGAGAAAUGGCUAGAGACUACGCAGCUAGAGGGGCAUAGGCCUCCAGAACAGGUGAAGCCAUCCGAAUACCUAGGCCCGGAGAGUUUGAGAGACAAGGCGGGCCUAGUGCAGAUAG